AUGAUGCUAUACCAAGGGAGAUGGACGGAGAGCUUCGACAACAUCUACCUAGACCUGUCGCAGCAGCCCGGAAAGUGCAAGCUUGCCGAAAGCGGCCUGGGCUGGCGCCCCUCUGGCGGUGGCGAUACUUUCACCCUCGACAGCAACAACAUCGGCGCGGCCCAGUGGAGUCGCGCCGCAAAGGGAUAUGAGUUGAAGAUUCUGUCGCGGUCAUCGGGGGUGAUUCAGUUGGACGGUUUUGAUCAAGAGGACUUUGAACGCAUGAGCAAGGCGUUCAAGAUCUGGUACGGCAUCAACGUGGAAAACCGCGAACACGCCCUUCGAGGAUGGAACUGGGGGAAGGCAGAAUUCACCAAGGCAGAGAUUUCCUUCAAUGUUCAAAACCGACCGGCGUUCGAAGUUCCCUACUCCGAAAUCUCCAACACCAACCUGGCUGGAAAGAACGAGGUGGCGGUUGAGUUUGCGCUGUCUGCCGCCGAGGCAAAUGGUGCCAAUGGACAGCCCGCUGGAAGCACUAAGAACCGAGGCCGAAAAGCAGCGGCGGGUCCCGACGAGCUGGUCGAAAUGCGGUUUUACAUUCCUGGGACGGCCGUGAAGAAGGAGAAGGCCGAGGGUGCUGAAGGCGCUGAAAAAGCCGAAGGCGAAGAAGAGGAAGAGGAGGAAGAGGCCGAGGAGCAGAACGCGGCCAACCUCUUCUACGAGACGCUUAUGGACAAGGCCGAGAUUGGCGAUGUCGCCGGCGAUACUUUUGCCACGUUCUUGGACGUUCUUCAUCUCACCCCCAGGUUUGUCCCCAUUGCCUUCCUGUUGAAAGAGGACUUGGUACUCAUGAUUUUAUUUAGGGGUCGCUUCGACAUCGACAUGUACGAGUCAUCCUUCCGGUUACGCGGUAAAACCUACGACUACAAGAUCCAAUACUCCGCGAUCAAAAAGUUCUUCUUGCUCCCUAAGAACGAUGAUACUCACACGCUUAUUGUGCUCGGAUUGGACCCUCCCCUGCGCCAGGGUCAGACCCGCUAUCCAUUCCUGGUCAUGCAACUCAAGCUGGACGAGGAGAUCAGUCUGGAGCUCAAUAUGACCGACAGCGAUAUCUUGCAAGCGCAGUACAAGGAUAAGCUGCAGUCGCACUACGAGGAGCCGAUUCACCAGGUUGUGACCAAGGUUUUCCGUGGCUUGUCUGGAAAGAAGGUGAUCAUGCCGUCUAAGGACUUUGUCAGCCACCACGGUCACCACGGAGUCAAAUGUUCGAUCAAGGCCAACGAAGGUCUGUUGUAUUUCUUGGACAAGAGUCUGAUCUUUGUUCCCAAGCCCGCCACCUACAUUCAGCUUGAGAACGUUGCGGUUGUCACGAUGUCGCGUGUUGGAGGCGCCGUCUCUGCCAGCCGCACGUUUGACAUCACGGUCAGCUUGAAGGGUGGGCUCGGAGAGCACCAGUUCAGUAACAUCAAUCGGGAGGAGCAACAACCCCUCGAAGACUUCUUCAAGUCCAAGAGUAUUCGGAUUAAGAACGAGAUGUCCGACGAUGGAUCUACUCUUCUGGCGGCUGCCCUUGAUAACGACGACAUGGGGUCGAGCGACGAAGAAGGGGCCCGACCCGACCGCGGCUCGGCGGACGAGGACUCGGAGUCUCCCGAUGAGGACUUCAAUGCCUCCUCGGAUUCGGAUGUUGCCGAGGAGUUCGAUUCGGACCACGACAGUAGCGGUGGGAGCGACGCAGAAAUGGCGGACGCGGAUGCAACAGGCGAUGAGGACGAGAUGUCGGACGGGGAGGCCCGGCCCAAGAAGAAGAGCAAGACUGCGAAAUAG